GUACUCUCGAGCGUACUGCUGCCUACAUCUCUAUCGGCUCAGCCGCUGCCACGGUCAACUCGACAGAAUGGACCAUUGCUCGGAAGCUUGCAGGCUCAUGACACUGGGCCAAUGUUGCUCCGCACGGACGGUCGCAUUCCACAACUCCUCAAUGUCAUCAUUGACGGUGUCAGCCACUGGCAGCCUGCAGGAAGGUACACCGUAUACAAGACAGACACAGAGAUCUUGCAGGAAACACUUUUGACCAUUUCCAAGUACCACAUCUUCAGUAAAUGCCUACCCCAGCACGCACAUCAGCUCUUCGACCUCUUCACCCGGCGAACUUGGCCAAGUCACGACUCCGUCCGCCGCUAGUACAACAAGUCGAGAUCAAAGUCAACGAUCCGCUCGACCACACAGCUCCCGCCAUCCUCCACGCACCUCCGGAAUCCGAUACGCAGAAGGCGAAUGGUGCAGCGGUCGUUUUGAUCAGCGGCGCAGGUGGCGGUACGAGCGGCCCAGGAGGUAUCUACCCCUCGUUGGCCGAUAAGUUUGCGGCCCUCCUUGGGAUACCAUGUGUCCGCCUGGACUACCGCCGACCCGCUCGCAACACCUACUGUACCCCCGAUGUCCUUGCGUCGCUCGACUACCUGGAUAGACACUUCGGGUCGUCCAGAUUCGUCGUCGUCGGAUGGUCAUUUGGCGGCAGCCCCUGCUUCACUGUCGCGGCCAGGGAGCCGAAGCGCGUCGUGGGCGUGGUGACGGUCGCCUCACAAACCGCCGACACCGACGGCAUACUCAAGCUCAGCCCCCGCCCGUUGUUGCUGCUCCACGGUACGGGAGACACGACGCUGUCGCCACGGUGCUCGCACAACUUGUAUCGCGCCUACGGCGACGAUCCGCGCGGCUCGCGUACGCUGCGCCUCUUCGAAGGGGAUAAUCACGGCUUGACGCGCAACGCAACGGAGGCUGAGCAGCUCAUCUUUGAGUUUGCCGCCCGGGUUCUCGGAUUCAGCCCUGACUCAGAGGAGGCCGCGGAGAAUCUGACAGGCGACACGCAACAGCGAGUGCAGCAGAUGCAUGAGGGCCAUGACCUGGAAAACGGGGAACGUUUGUAACGCAUGUCUUGUCUUCGAUUGUACCAGUUCAAGUAUCAAACCUUCCGAAGUGCUCGUAAAGGUCCUGCGAUGCGGAAAUGAAGACGACACGAGUGCCAGGUGUACUUCAGUGUAUUGAGAACAUUCGACAUGCUCCUCUCGGACGAGUGGAACCUUAGAAUCCCCAUACAAGGCCCUUGGUUCUCGCUGCACGGAAGCUGUCUCUCUCAAUCAUGGGUGGGAACCGCAGAAGC